AUGGUAGUUUUAGUGGUCUUGCUGCUGGCUCUGUUUCCUCACAUGGCACAGGAGGCCCACACCGUUAAAUGCAGGGUUCAGUAUCUACACCACCCACUUCACAAGUAUCAUCAGCCGGGAGAUUUCAUCAUUGGUGGCAUAGCUUCUCACGGUACCUUUAUUUUCAGUUCAGCAAGUUUCUCUGAAGAACCCCCACCUGCAUUAUCAGAAGAGCUUGCCGUGGUGCCAAAGGGUUACCAGCACAUCCUGGCCUUGGCAUUUGCUGUCAAGGAGAUCAAUGAAAACCCUCACAUCUUACCAAAUCUCACCUUGGGCUUCCACAUCUAUGACAGCUAUAUCAUUGCAAUUAAGACAUAUCAUGCCACAAUGCUACUUUUAUCUACACUGGAGAAAUUUCUCCCCAACUAUAUAUGUGAUACACAGAAUAAUCUGACAGCUGUCAUUGGUAGUCUUGACUCCCAGAUCUCCCUCCAUGUGGCAACUAUCUUGGAUAUUUAUAAGAUUCCACAGCUCAUAUAUGGCCCCACUCCAGUGAUGAAUACUAAAAUCCCAGGACUUCCCUUCUACCAGAUGGCCCCGCCAGAAAGCCACCAGUUUGCAGGGAUUCUUUCUUUGCUUCUGCAUUUCAGGUGGACGUGGAUUGGGGUCGCUGUGGUUGACAAUGACAAUGGAGAAAGAUUUAUACAAAAGGUGCUCCCACUCUUUUCAAACAGAGGUAUUUGUUUUGCCUUUGUAGAAACAAUCCCCAAGUUUAGUUUUCUCACUGAAGGAUACACCCUGAUGCAACAGGGGGCUAAAAUACAUGAUAUAGUGAUGGGUAGCAAAGCCAAUGUUGUGGUGGCCUAUGGAGAAGCUUCAACCACUAUAUUUUUGAGAUGGCUUCCAUAUCUAUCAAUGCUUGGGAGAACGAAAACAAAUACAAAAGGUAAAGUAUGGAUAUCAACAGCCCAAGUGGAGUUUAUUUCCGUGGCCUUUCAGCGGGAUUGGGAUGCAACUAUAUUCAAUGGUGCCAUAACCUUCAGAAUUCACUCCAAUGAUCUACCAGGAUUUCAUCAAUACGUUGAGGGCAGAAACCCCUUCAAUGCAGAUGGUGAUGAUUUCAUCUGGGAUUUCUGGCAAAAUGCAUUUGGCUGUGUAUUUCCCCAUCGCGUUCUGGACGAAGUGGUGGGGGAUAUCUGCACAGGAAUGGAGAAUUUAGAGAACCUUCCUGCAUCUCUCUUUGAAAUGACAGUGCAAGGUCAAAGUUACAGUAUCUACAAUGCUGUCUUUGCCAUGGCCCAUGCUUUACAUACCAUGUCCUUAGCAAUACACAAACACUCACAAAUGGUGAGCAGAGGGAGACAGAAGCUUCAGAAGCAGCAGUUUUGGCAGCUUCAUCAUUUUCUGAGAGGUGUCUCAUUUAACAACAGUGCUGGAGACACAGUGUCCUUCAAUCAGAACGGGGAGGUUCGGCCUCUUUCUGUCUGUACUGAGAAUUGUCACGCAGGAUCAAGGAAGAAAGUGAAGGAAGGAGAACCAUUUUGCUGCUAUGAUUGCAUCCCAUGCCCAGAGGGAAAGAUUUCAAACCAGGAAGAUAUGAGUGACUGUGAUAAAUGCUCAGACAAAGACUAUCCAAGCAAGAACCAAGAUGCAUGUAUUCCCAAGGAUAUAAGCUUCUUGUCUUAUGAAGAACCUUUGGGCAUCAGUUUAGUCUGCUUUUCGCUUUCAUUUUCUCUAAUCACAGCUAUGGUGCUGGGUACAUUUGUGAAGCACCAUGACACUCCCAUAGUCAUUGCAAACAACAGGAAUCUCACCUACACUCUCCUCAUUUCUCUCCUGCUCUGCUUCCUUUGUGCACUGCUCUUCCUGGGCCAACCAAAGAAGCUGACAUGUCUCCUCCGACAAACUACUUUUGGCAUCAUCUUCUCAGUGGCUGUUUCUUGUGUAUUGGCAAAAACCAUUACUGUGGUUCUGGCUUUCAUGGCCACCAAACCUGGAUCCAGGAUGAGGAGAUGGGUGGGGAAGGAACUGGCCAACACCAUUGUCCUUUGCUGCUCCUUUGUCCAGGCAGGGAUCUGUAUUGUGUGGCUAGCAACCUUUCCCCCAUUUCCAGAUGUUGACAGUUACUCAGUGGCUAAAGAAAUUAUACUAGAAUGCAAUGAGGGGUCUGUGAUGAUGUUUUAUGUUGUUCUGAGCUAUAUGGGCUUCCUGGCAAUUAUUAGUUUCAUUGUUGCUUUCCUUGCCAGGAAAUUACCUGACAGCUUCAAUGAAGCCAAGUUCAUCAGUUUCAGCAUGUUGGUCUUUUGCAGUGUUUGGCUAUCCUUUAUUCCAUCCUACCUGAGCACCAAGGGAAAAUACAUGGUUGCUGUGGAGAUCUUCUCUAUCUUAGCCUCUGGUGCUGGACUGCUGGGAUGCAUCUUUUCCCCUAAAUGUUAUAUUAUUGUGUUCAGGCCUCAGCUGAACAACAGGGAGCAGCUUAUGAGGAAGAAAAACUAA